AUGGAAGCCAACUAUAAAGAAAUCCCUGCUGCCCUUCGCGGAUCUCAUAGCGACUCCAGCGACGAAGAAAGCGGGACAAUGCAAACCUUUGACAUCGAAAGCGAAGAUAUCGGCCCCGGUCCUUUUUCCCAGCGAAUCAAGUACUUCUGCUACUUCCUUAUCCUAACAUGCUGACUUCUUCCUCUCAUUUCUUACUUCACCGGCCCAGAAUCCUAUAUUUACCUGAUUAUGUCCGUCAUCUCGCUCGCUCAGCUGAUAAUUGGGGUUUUAGGGGUGAUUUGGUCGAAAAAGAAUAAAUUCGGCUCCAUGUCAAAUGACAGUGGAUUUUUGACAGUGUAAAUUUCAUCGAAAAAUUUGGCCGAAAAUUAACAGGCUUUUUUGGUCAAAUGUCUCACUAUUAAAAAUUUUCAACCAAUUUUCGAUGAAAUGGGCACUAUCAAAAAGGCAAUGUCAUUGGACCUGCACCCAAUAAAUUCACCCAUAUUACAUUCUUUCGCCUGCUUCUACAUUUGUUCUUUAUUUCACUCAUUGUGGCUCUUGUAGGUUACGAAGCGUUUGGGUUAGCGUUCACAGUCCAACAUAACUAUGACAACUGCAAUGAUUUUACCUUUAAUAAAGUGUGCAAAAACCGGGGAGGACUCAUGUCAGAACAGAUGGUGUUGAUACUGCUACUUCCAGCACUAGAUGCUCUGGUAAUUUUGCUGUAUAUUUAUGUCACCAAACUUGCUAAGAAAUGUGCAUUGAAGAUGACUUAA